CAAACACUUUGACAGAUAAAAAUUUGUUGUUAAAAGGAAUUUUUGUGUGAAUAAAAUUUUCCGUGGGAAAUGCCUGAACCUAACACUGUCAACUGGCUGGCUGCAUACCGGCCUGAUUCCUGCUACUCCAUCUCCCGUAUUAUGAAGAUGACAUACAUCCCCCUUCCCCAGAGCUGAAAUGGACAGUGACGGAAUGGUGGCCGUUGUACGAGGACUGGGUAACUCCGGCCUGACAGUAACGUUGCUUGACGGAUGCCGACAAUACACUCUGCAACCCGAAGCCACCAAUGAGACGCGACAAACAUCAGCGCAGUGUCAUGACGCAGUUCGUAGUGAUAACUGUGCCCAAGCCACUGAUGGCAGAUAUGCCAGCACGUACAGGAUGACGCAUUGCCAUGUGAACCCAACGUCGCCUCAGAUAGAGGUGACAGAGUUCCCACCACAACGAGCUGAAUUAUGUCCAGGUCAAGGAAAUUUUGAGAUUGGUGGUAACGGCAGUGGAGAGAAGUACCACGCGAAGAAGUCAACCACAUUUAGGGGCGGGAUGAGUUGGCCUGAUAAAGGUUCAGUUUUCGCAUCUCGUCCCUCGGUGCAGCCGGACUCCUUCGCCAGUUCACUUCGGAAAUAUCCAAGUAUGUCCCCCGAGAGGUCUUCAGAGAUUUUGGAGCGAUUAGUUUCUUUUGCACAGAAUAGAAGUGGUAUCAAAUCCAAAUCGUCAUCACCAACGCGCACCGUUGAGUCGGACAGUCAAAACAUCAAUUUGGAAUCUCGACGGAAACUAGUACCCGAUCCUGAAAUUAAUCUUAGAAGACGCCCAGAAGAGUCGCCAACAAGAGAUGGUAGACGAGAGGAGUCGUGGCGAAGAAAUACAUUUUGUAGAAGCCAUGAUAUCAGAUAUUUAAGAGAAGUUACCAAAGCUGUAAGAGAAGGGAUACGAUCGCAUAAUUAUCCAGAAAGAUUGAUUCCAAAACGUGACACUACCCCGGAAAGAAAAAACACAAAGACUCGAAAUUCUGUGAAUAUGGAAAUACAAGCCGCGGUACAAAUGGUCUCCCGUGAAGUAACCACUUUGCCAACCAAAAAACCAUCUCAAAGAAAUAUAGCGAUAUCACAAACGCCAUCCAAGUCAGACGACCCAGAAGGUAAUCAAGAAUACUCAAAACACAUUCAAACAAAACCAUUUAAUAUAAAUCGCAUUAAAAGGAGUCUAUCAGACGAAGAACUUAGGAGAGAUGAUUUUCAUAAAAGAAUCGGAUAUAAAAAGUUUAAGAAUUAUAGACCAAAUUUAAGUAACAUUUUCUAUACAGAAGUAACUAAAACAAUUGAUGAAGAUUUUGCUGAAGUUUUAGAUGAUUGGCUCAGUAUUAUUCCUUUAAAACCAAUUGAUUACUUCGGAAGACAGAUAGACAAGGAAUAUAUUUUUUAUGAUUUAUUCGAACGGUUGAAGAAGACGUCAAGUAGCUUACCAGAUCAUAAUAGAAGAGAGAAAAUUAAAAAUGAUGUUAUUGAACUUCUGAAUGAAUAUCCGGUAGAUUUCAAGGGAAAUAAACUAACGUUUUUCAGUAAAUUGGCGGAUAUACUUAUAGAUAAAAUUAAAAAUUUACGCAGAAAUGUACGAAGCAGUUUGAAUAGCUUGUAUGAUUUCCCUAUAAUGAAGAAAAGAUAUAUUCCGCCAACGGAAAGUGAAUUACGAAGUUUCUUGGUGUUAGAAGUUGAGACAUUUGUCAAUAGAGUGGGUUUAAUGCUUGGUCGGUAUACAUUGCUUGCAUUAGAAGAAGAGUUAUUAGAUAUAUUAAUCGUAUUUAUGGAUAAUCUUCAUUCAAGCGAUGACGAGUCGUUCAAACAAGAUGUUAUUGCUACACUUGUUGAUCACGGAUUUUCGGAACUUCAAGCAACGCGAUUUGCACAAGUUUUGGUUAGACAUCUCAAAGAAACAUUUAUUAAUACAGAGAAAACUAGACCGGGAUUGGUUGUAAUGCCUAGUUUGGUGACACGUAAUAAAACCCAGUCAGAUUCACUAGAAGAAUACACUAAACACCUUUGUGAACAAAUCAAUGAAUGGCUAACCUCGAUAGAAGCAAUAUUACCACGGAUUAAUGAAAGGGGAUUCAGACAAGUGGUAGUCAACGAUUUAGCAGGAGAUAUUAUAGAUAGACAUAAGUAUUUAGAAAUGAAUCCUUCGACUUCGGAAAAUGAGUUGGAGUACUUGAAAUAUCAAAUCUUCAAAUGGAUAAAUAAACUUGCAAAUGAAGACACGUUACGUCCAAGUGAACAUGCCCCAGAUUUAAUGAGGAGGAUUCAAAAUAUUCCCAUACCGACAUCGAGAUUUAGUCACACCCAAACAAAUAAAUCCCUCGCUUGUCCGGAAGAAUCGUGCUCAAUGCAAACUAUAGAACCAUACAGAAAUGAAAUCAACGCUACCAGGACGAAUGCCAAUAUUAAAACUGCAAGUAUAGAAGCACCUCAUAUCCCGAAUAAUUUAAUGUCAAAGAUAGAUAGGAUAAACAAUGACUAUGAGCAGUUUGUGAGGGAGUGGGUACUAAAGAUACCUAUUCAAACGUCAACACCUGAAGAAGCUGCAUUAGCGGAAAAGGCAAGAUUGGGAAUUAACAACGGUCUCUGGAAAGCCAUAACAAAGUUGAAAUGUGAUCCGUCUAUUGUUGGAAACAGAUUUUAUUUGGAAGAUCUUCUAGAUGAUGAAAUUGAAGAGUUAUUAAACUGUCUUCCACAGUCGCAAGAGCUUUUGUCUAAGAAAAAUCUACUUAAGUUGGAACUCAUCGAUAAAACGACGGAGACGAUAGAACGUAUUCGUGCUGAAACAGCUAAAAAUUAUCGUCAACAACUUCAGCAUAAUGUCGAUUUUUGUCUGCAAGAAGCUGGUCUUAGUGUUGGAUUGGAUAGUUCCGAAAUGGCUCGUGAAGAAUUGGAAGUAAUGAGAAUAGUUGAACUUUUCAUUUUACAAACAAAAUUUAGGGACGAUGAUGUUGCCAAGUCAGAAGUUUACAGAAAGAGGCUACUCCAGCAAGCGAAACUAUUGAUAGACGAUAUAAAACGAGUCCAUCACGGACAAACUAAUAUUAAUUACGCAGUAAUUGUAUCAAAUAUCGUUAAUUCACUACAACAAGUCCCGAUACCAGGAGAUAACACAGUCAAUGAAGAAGUUGACAAUAUUUUAAUGGAAUCUGAAGUGGAACGCUGGUUCAACGACUUACCUAUAUUCAGAGACUUUAACAACCCAGUGGAAAAAUUGCAAUGGAAGAAACAAACUGACAACUUAGCUAAGCGAAUCGGAGAAAUAAGAACUACAGUAUCUGCCGAUAUGCGUGAGAAUGUUUUGCGGAAUCUAAUUUCGAAUUUCAUAGACAAAACUCCAAUACAUAGAGAUGAGAUGUUCAAUAAAGAUUUUAUGGUGGAUGAACUGGUUAAUCGAAUAAAAAAAAUUGAUCAGUCUACUCUAGAUGAUCCUGGAGAUUUUAAAGAGUUUUGUCGAAGCGCUCCUCCGAGUUCUAGUUAUGAUAAGUUUUUGAGGUUCGAACAUGAACACUUGAACGAUGAAUCUGUUAACUAUGACGCGUUUACUAAUCGAAAACCUUUGAGUUCUUCCUUGAGAGAUUCUCAAAACGACUCGUAUAGAGAAUUUGCAGCGUCGAGACCUAAAAGCUCGAGCCUCAAAGAGGAUAAAACUAUACAAAACGACCAGAUUCCACAAAUAAACAUACAACCUGCUACUCCAGACUGCUGUAAGGGCCGUGCGCAAUCAGAUAAGAAAUCUGCGGAAAUGGGAAGACAAAGGAAUUUCCUCAGUUCAUCCCGAGGAAUCGUUUUUAAAGAAGACAACCCUAGUCCAGGUAUUAAAGAAGAUGCAAAAAAUGAGAAUCUAAUAGCGUCCGAAUGUCAAACUAUUUACGCAAAAGUAGCAAGUUUCGAAGUUGGUGAUGUCGAGUUAAGUCAAGACGGUAGGCAGAGGACCGUUGCUACAAAUACUAAAAGCGGAAAGCGAUGUAUCAAUUUCGAUGAACUUCAAUGUAGGUGUAUCGAACGCUUUCUACGCAAGCGUUUUCGUUUUGAGGAUCUAAAUGAUGUGUCCUGUUUCCCUUUUAUGUUUCCUUGUCCUUGUUUCUAUUAAAUUGAUUAAUGUUUUUUUGUAUCGUCACUUAAUUUUAUAUGAAUUGAAGACACUUUUAUAUUAUUAUUCUAUAUUCAGUCUGUUUUUUGUUUUACGUCUGU